GUUCUGAGGUCAAAAAACAGCCGAAAAAGAAGCCUCGCAAGCACGGCGGUCUGUCGGGUACGAGCUCGGACGAGAGCCAGUCGGAUGAGUCGGACAGAGAGUCCGCGAAAGACAGCGACGACAGUUUCAAAUCCGUCAGCUCAGGGGACGAAGACGACGAUUUCAACCCGUUCAGAGACGAGUCCGAUGAUGACGAGGAAGAUGAUCCAUGGCUCAUCAGAAAGGAACCAAAGAAAGGAAAAGAGAAGAAGAAGAAAAAGAGAAGGAAGAGUAUCGAUCCAGACUCCAUUCAAAGUGCCUUGUUAGCCUCUGGGCUGGGCUCCACCAGGCCCACCUUCACUGCCCCCGUUAUCCCCCCCAGCACACCUGCCACAGUCAAAGCAGAGAGUCAGGAGAGCUGCCUCACGAGUCAGGACGCAGUGGAACACGCUCAGCAAAUGAAGAAAGAGCUGCUGGAAAAACUGGAGGAACUGGCCGAGAAUCUACCUCCCAACACUCUGGACGAGCUCAUAGAUGAACUGGGAGGACCCGACAACGUAGCUGAGAUGACCGGUCGUAAAGGUCGUGUGGUCAGUAACGACGACGGCAGCAUCACGUAUGAAUCUCGCUCUGAGCUGGACGUUCCCGUGGAAAUCCUCAAUCUCACAGAGAAGCAGAGGUUCAUGGAUGGAGAGAAGAACAUCGCCAUCAUCUCUGAAGCCGCCAGCUCAGGUAUUUCCCUGCAGGCCGAUCGUCGAGUCAAGAACCAGCGGCGGAGAGUCCACAUGACGCUGGAGCUGCCGUGGAGCGCCGACAGAGCGAUACAGCAGUUCGGGAGAACUCACAGGUCAAACCAGGUCACCGCUCCAGAAUACGUCUUCCUCAUAUCGGAGCUCGCAGGAGAGCAAAGAUUCGCAUCCAUCGUUGCCAAAAGACUAGAAAGCCUGGGUGCUCUCACUCACGGAGACAGAAGAGCGACAGAAACUCGAGAUCUCAGCAGGUUUAACUUCGACAACAAAUACGGCAGAAACGCUCUGGAAAUCGUGAUGAAGUCGAUCGUGAAGCUCGAUUCUCCGUUAGUGUCUCCGCCCUCCGACUUUAAAGGAGAUUUCUUCAAAGAAAUUCAGAGCGGAUUAAUAGGUGUGGGCCUCAUAAAUUUGGAGGACAGAUCAGGUGCAAUGUCAUUAGAUAAAGGUAAGUUUAAAACUGUUAAAACGAACAACAUCGCAACUAGGGAUGCACGACAUGCAUCGGGUCGAUAAAUUGUCAGCCAAUAAUGGAAAAUUGAUUAUUCUGAUA